GCUUUGACAAUUCUACACGCCAUUCCACCUCACCUCCCUCCCUCCCACCUUCUCUUUCCCAGAAAUUUCUCCCUUUUUUCCUUCUCUCGUAUUUAUACCCUCAACCCCACUCCUCUCCUACAAUAAUCCCACAAUUCGACUGCAUCUCUCUCUCUCUACACACAAAGAAACACUGGUCUGAGAUCUGAACUGUACUACUGCGCAGAUAUGGAGAACAACCAGCAGCAAUCCUUCUGGAAAUUCAGCGACCAACUCAGGGUCCACACCAACAACCUCAGCCUGUCCAACCUCUCCCUCAACGACUCCAUAUGGAGCAACAACAACAACAACAAGCGCCCCGAGGAGCGCCGCAACUUCGAUAUCCGCGUCGGCGGCGACCUCAACCCGGCGGCCAACCCGAAGCUCGUCAACGAAUUCGACUUCAACUCGCUGUGGAGCACCAACUCGUACGCGUCGGCGAAGAAACCCGCCGAGGAGAGGCGGAAUUUCGACGCUAGGGUCGGCGGAGAGCUCAACGGCGGCUCGGCCAACCCGACGUCGCUUUUCAAGCAGAACGAAUCCGAUUUCAACGGGUUCAACCACGGCAACCUGGUGAACCCCUCGUCUGUUUUUAAGCAGAACGACUCGGGUUUUAACCCGUCCCGUUCUGUUUUCGAACAGAACGAGACGGAUUUCAACGGGUUUAAUUACGGGCUUGGUGCGGUGGCCCCGUCGAGUCCGUUUAAGCAGAACGAGUCCGACUUCAACGGGUUCAACCACGGCUGGAAGAUCAACAACGGGUCGGAUUUGAACGCGUUCAACGAUGGUUGGAAGCAGCAGCAGAAUAAUAACAACAUGGUGGGGCUUAACAACGGUGGGUUUAACAAGGGGCUUUAUUCGAAGCCUCUGGUGAAUUUUAAUCAGAAUAACAACAACAACAACGGUUUUUUUGUGGGUUCGAAGUAUAACAAGGGUGGGAAUGGGAAGGGUGUGGAGGAUCAGCACAACAACCAUCAUAACAACGGGACUAAAUUGGGGAAGAAGAACAAGAAUGGGAAUGGGAAUAAGGAUAAGGAUAACGGCGAGAAGAAUAACGGUGUGGAUAAGAGGUUCAAAACGCUUCCCCCGUCGGAGUCUCUGCCGAGGAAUGAGACGGUGGGUGGGUACAUCUUUGUUUGCAACAAUGAUACCAUGGAAGAGAAUCUCAAGAGGCAGCUCUUCGGUUUGCCUCCGCGCUACCGUGAUUCAGUUCGGCAAAUAACCCCAGGCCUGCCCCUUUUCCUCUACAACUACUCCACCCACCAACUCCAUGGCGUUUUUGAGGCUGCAAGCUUUGGUGGAACAAAUAUUGAUCCAACAGCAUGGGAGGACAAAAAGAACCCUGGCGAAUCACGCUUCCCUGCUCAGGUGCGUGUUGUGACAAGGAAACUGUGUGAGCCAUUGGAAGAGGACUCCUUCCGCCCGAUUCUCCAUCAUUAUGACGGCCCCAAGUUCCGCCUUGAACUAAACAUUCCUGAGGUAUUAACUAGUUUAGAUCUGUUCAAAAUUAGUGCAUCAAUCAUCAUAAUUGGAAAUCCAAUGAUAAACUAAACUAUUGUCUUGAAUUUUACAGGCACUCUCUCUGUUAGAUGUUAUUGCAGAUAACUCCUAAACAACAUGCCGUAAAGGCACAGAGGCACACAUACACAAAAGGAACAAGAAGAAUGAAAAGUAAAGACUAAAAUAUAUAGAUAUGUUGGAGGUUGAAGAGUUUGUAAGAGGAAGAAUAGCAGAGGGUCUCUGAUCUACCCAAUCUGUUGUAAAACUGUUUUUCGUGUUUGGAGGCGGCCGUCAUGCUUCUUUUUUGUUCUUUGGCUUCCCGAGUACUAUGUACAAUUACAAUGAAUAAGUAUACAUGGUGAAGAAUGUCUAUAUUUGUA